AUGAAGAAUAAAACGGCUAUGCAUGAGAGUUCAAUAAGAUAUAAGAAAUCUUCAGUACAGACUAGUGAUCUUGUCUCUGAUAUACCAACAGAUUUUACAUUGUUAUCCAGAGGGAAAGCCAAACAAGAAGAAAUUGAAGAUAAGGUUUUCUGGAUUACGGGCGCCAGCCGUGGAAUUGGGGAGACUCUAUCCAAGCAACUAGCUGGUUUAGGAGCCAAGCUCAUAAUUUCUGCACGAAAUGAAGCUGAACUGGAAAGAGUCAAAUCGCAGCUUGUUGGUAAACAUGCACCAGAGGGAGUUAAGGUUUUGCCUCUUGAUUUGACAGCUGGUGAGGAGUCUCUAAAAGAAAUUGUAAUGAAAGCACAGUCAUAUUAUAAUGGUGUUGAUUAUAUGAUCCAUAAUGCAGCUAAUGACGUGCACACAAAAACAUCUGCUUUGGACGUGACUCAAGAAAGUCUUAAGGCUACCCUCGAUGUGAAUCUUGUGGGGACGAUAACUCUCACUCAGCUCUUGGCACCUCUUAUGGUGGAAAGAGGAAAAGGCCAUUUUGUAGUGAUGAGCAGUGCUGCUGGAAAGGUACCUGCACCAGGUCAGGCUGUAUAUUCUGCUUCCAAGUAUGCUUUAAAUGGGUACUUCCAUACAUUGCGUUCUGAGCUCAAUCAAAAAGGUAUAAAAGUAACAGUCGUCUGUCCUGGACCUAUAGAUACACCAAAUGGUACUGGAGCAGGAUCUUCUGGGAAGAUGGUCUCAUCAGAAAGGUGCGCCGAGCUAACAAUUAUUGCAGCAACACAUGGACUGAAGGAAGCUUGGAUAUCUGAUCAUCCUGUGCUUACCAUUAUGUACUUGGCGCAAUACACGCCAGCAAUAGGGUUUUGGAUUACGGACAAGGUAGGUGGAGAUCGAGUACUUGCUGCGUCAGAAAGGGAAAAUACUGACUCAUGGAGCCUGCUUUUUGGGCAGAAGAAAAUAAAGGAUGCUUAA